AAAUAUGGCGGACGAUCGGUCGGCUCUGGCUGCGAAGGCGUUUAAAGCCUCGGCAAACUACGAAGAAGCCCGACCGACAUAUUCUGUUGAAUCUGUUAGAUUUCUUUUGGAAAAACUUAGAAUCUCAGAAGAAAAGGAGAAGGAAAUGAAAAACCAGCCACUCACUAUUCUUGAGUUAGGCUGCGGUACAGGUAAAUUCACAAGAGUUCUGAUGGAAGUUUUGAAAAACACUGAUGCCCGAGUGAUAGCCAGUGAUCCUCUGGAUACUAUGCUGGAAGAGUUUCGAAAAAUUUUGCCAAACGUCGAAGUGAAACAGAUCACUGCAGAGGAGAUUGCCUUUCCAGACUCAAGCAUAGAUGUGGUCCUGGCAGCCCAUUGUUUCCACUGGUUUGCAAAUGAAGAAGCUGUGAGAGAGAUAUACCGGGUGUUAGCUCCAGGAGGAACUUUGGGGAUUAUCUGGGCAUUACCAGAUGAAUCAGUACCUUGGCUAAAGGAGAUGAUGACAUUUUUUCGUCCAUUAGAAGAAGAUUUUAAGUAUACUAUCUCAAAAGAAACCAUGGACAAAGUGUUUGAAGAAGUUGGUAAGCUCUUUACUGUUGAGAAGGAGUCAGGUAUGAAGACUUCUUGGUAUCUAAGUUAUGAUGGCUGUUACAAGUAUUUUGUAUCAAAAGGCAUCAUACAAAGAGGCACCAAUGAAGUGAAACGUCAGCUCAAGACUUGGUUUGAUUAUGUUAUAGGAAAGCAUUUCCCUACCAGUGAAGAAAAGGAGUCAAUCACUUUUCCUUUAGCUUAUUUAAUUUGCUGGUGCAAGAAAAAACAAUUCUGAUGCAUGGCUUGAGGUGUUUCGUAGAAGUGCACCCUCCAAAUCAUACCUGAUAUGUGAUGAAACUCCAAAAUAACUUUUAUGUCGAUGUCAGUUUUUACCAUUGUGAGAUUGUUUUAUCAAAUCUCUUCUUGGAAAAUUUUAAGAAUACAGGUCAUAAAAUAAUAAAAUUUAAUAUACAUAUGUA